CUCACGCUGUCGAUAAGCUAACAAUUGAAGUGGUACGACUCAAAUCAAGUCUCGCAUCUUUCUUACCUACAACUUACAACUUCAAUUGCGAACCUACGCGGGCAACACCCAUUUACCAUAGUAUUCGACAUACAUGAACUAUGGGGUAACCAAUUGCUAUUCUAAUUUUCCUCCGACAUGGCGACAAUUAGCUCACAAUUAUGCCACCUCUCUUACCCGUCCCGUCAAAGGCUGCCAUACAUGCCCUCCGAGGGCUUGCCUUAGGUACUUCGUGUGCCAUUGGCGUAAUACUAGAAGACCGAAGACGAAGAAUCAAUACUUUAAGGACUGCUGUUUCGAAUAAAGAAAAGUUAAAAUCGGCGAAGCAAUAUCACGGUACGGCCAAUGCCGCCGCAUUCCAAGUCGAUGAUGCCAUUUUCACUGAAUGGGAUGAACUACACAUACAACCGCGGGAUAGAAGGGCUCCAUUUUAUGAUGAUUAUCCCGCACUCGAAAAACAUCUUAGACGAAAAAAAAGCGAGGAAAGUUUGGGUGCGAGGCAUACAGCACCUCUAAAAUUCGAAGAUGCGUCCGAAUCUUCAGUACCAACUUCAACCCAUACACAGUUAUCACCGCCGCCGCUCCCAAUCGUACAGCGUAAUACGACGCUCCCGAACUCUAGUGCGCGAUUAGUAUCCCCACCACAAAUAAAACCCGACGACACGAAGAUCGAUGCACAUAAAGUAUGGCAGGAGGGCGACGCAACAAUAUCUGAAUCGUACCCCAAGAAUCCCGAAGCAUUCAUCAGUAGCAUUACUAGUAUUCUAGCCAAUGAAGGUGGAAUGAACUUGGAUCAAGCUCUCGAGAGGUUUCUCUACGGGUGUAAUUCGCUCUACUCUUUCAAAUCAUUUGACGACGAUUGGAUAGCCGUUUCCGCGCAACUUUCGAGAAUAUGUCAGAAAAGAAAGAGAUGGGAGGAUGCUAACAAGGUCCUUGCUACCACUAUCAGUGCCGGUCCGCUUGACGAAAGCCAAUACUGGGCUCAUAACCCCAUGUCGAUUGUGAAUUAUUUUAUGCGCCAGACGGAUGCAAAUGGUUAUCGCUCUCCACAUGCCGUCGCUGCAGCUACACAUUUAUAUCUACCAACUUUCAAGGAAAAACCUCGAUUGUAUAACCAAGACUGGGAUUUCAUCGGGAGACAUUUAUUCACCCAGAACCUCAAAAAAAGAAAACACAAUGCUGCUCAUAGUAUUUACUGGAGAAUAGUCGCUUCUCAUCAAGCAGAUCCGGCGCACUUCACAGGGUGGGCGAUUCAACAACUUUACGAACAUAGCGACCACAAGCAUGUCGUUAAAUACUUCAUUCUAAAUUUCUCAAAGAUGGAGCCUGGAAAUCAGAACAUUCAAAAAACCGUUGACUGCGUCAUACACGCGGUGGAGCAUCUUAAAGGCCACAAAGCUGAAUCAGUCCUGGAUGCACUCCAGGAGAUGCACUUGCCGCGGGAUCAUUUGCGAAGUGCGUGGAUUUUUCGCUUGUUGCAAGCCUGUUGGCGUCGUGAUCAGGACUUCCCAAAGCUGAAGGCUGUACACGAAAAAAUCGUGUCUCGGGAAACGCUUCUAAAAAUUGGUCACCCACAGAGCAUAUACCGUGCUAUGAUGGAGAUUUCCAUCAAAGCUGGGGAGAACGAUAUAGCGCGAACAUAUUACGAAGAGUGCAUCCAGAAGUAUCCCGAAAUGGCCAAAGAUGUUGCUUCGAAAGGGUUUAUAGCCCUGUCGUUUGCGAAGGCUGGAGACUGGGACGGCGUACUUGCCGCUUUUAUUGAGAUGCAAACCUCAAGGGAUGGUCAGGAAAACCAGUAUGACAAUGCAUUUAUCAUGGUCCUGCGAGAAUUUGCAGAAAGCCAUUCGGCUGUUGAGGUUCGGGAUUUCGUAUCCAAGUAUAUAAGCGUUCUCGGCGUCCGGAUGCAUCGCUAUAUUGUGACGGUAGUAGCAAAAAAAUAUGGCGAUUGCCACGACAUGUCAGGUUUUAUGUCAUGGUUAACGUACUGUGCAGAUACUGGGUUCGCUUUAGAUGCGGGUAUUUGCAAUGUUCUUCUUCACAAUUGCUCUAAAUGGGGGCUUUCUUAUACCGAAUUACGGGGACUCCAUUCGAAAAUAUCGAAAAUGAGCCCAGGCCUUACCGACGAUGUGACUCAAAGGAUCAUGAACCAGGCAGCAUCAACUACCGGCUCAAUCAGGAUACCGAGUCGAUCACCACAUUCAAGGGUCUCUACGGUUAAAAAACUGUCAUUUACGGGAAGGAUAACAAGCAAGCGGGAUGUUUUUGAAGCUAUGAAUAAGGAGCUAAACGAGGGCAUGCCCUGGCCGGCUUUUCAAAUCUAUAAUCGGGCUGUGCGGCUCGGGAUGCCUUUUUGUCCCCGUUGCCUUAGUCUGGCGGUGCUAGCAUCCUUAAGGCACCCCAGUCACAGUUCCAAACAUGCUAUGAACCUCAUACGGAGUGCCCAUGAACGGGGUGAUGACGUAAACCAAGCGGUAACGACGUACAUCAAAUAUGAACUCAGCAAUAUCAAUGUUGAUGUAAAAGAAAAUGUUUUGCUUCGCAUGCGGAACUUGAUUAGCCGUUUCGAAUCAUCACGCAUCAUCAUCCAACCGGAAGCGAUGACCCAUAUGGCUAUGGUGUGUGCUGAAAUGGAUUAUUCCGGGAAGGCGGUCGCAUUGUGCCAGCUCGCAAUGGACAAAAAGGGUACCAAAAAUCAAUGUUUCUCGAGACUGAGUACGAGAGCGUUGCUACGGGCCUACGCGCGGAUACGAGACGUAGGAGCAAUGAGGGACCUUAUUCGCGAUCUCUUCGCAAGCGGGUAUUCUACCGAUACGUCGGUACUUUCAUAUUUAAAAUCGGCGAGGAGAAUAGUUCAAAAAUACGAAAAUGACAAAGCGGCUGACACUAUACGGGGUAUCCUGGAGGAAGCUACUGCUAGGAUGGUGAGAAAACGGGCAGAGCAGAGAAAGGAAGGGAAGAAGAUGGCCGCCGAGACCCUUACGAUCAUGCGCAAUGCGCUUGCAGAUAUGAAGAUUAACGAGACUGCGGUGCCAUUGGAGAACGAUGCUACCACAGAGGAACAAACGAAACAGCAGGUUGGGAGAGAUGUCUUGCCGCUUGUGGCUGUUCUUGGGUAACACUACAGCCUAACUAUAUAUUUAGCGGGAGGUUUCACAUAAAGCUAGAUAGACUCGUGAUAGAAGUUCCUCGUAGGAAUAUGUUUCGGUAACAAAAAUUAGUCUUGAUGUUUUAGACAUACAUGUACAUAUGUAUGUUUACGUACUUAAGUAGGUACACAAGUACACCGUACAUAUGUACGUGUGGCUAAAGUGCUUCCACCAUUCAAUGUUCAUGUGAUU